UUGCAGCGGCGUCAGAUGGGUGACGCGCUCGGGGCUCUUAUUGAGGUCACCGAAACGUGUACUACACGGGGAGGGGAAGAGGAAAUCUUCCCUCUGCGCUGUCCUGGUGUCUCAACAUGCGCGGCGGCUCUCCGUAGCCUUCACCCGGAGCACCGGUUCCAGUCCGCAGGCAUGUCAACCGGGGGCUCCGACAGCACGGCGGACAAACCGGCAGAUCGAGCUGCAGAAGAGGAGGAGAGGCCAAUCCAAGCAGGAUCCACGAUGCCAUCUGUCGAGCUGCCAAGGAAACGGAAAGGGGAGGUGGAGGAGAGGUCAGACACCCGUGUACAGCAAAGCCUCAACUUCAACUUAGAGGAUGACCUCAGCAGAUCUGAGGGAGAGGAUCAGCAAGUCAAAAUGAAAUGCUUCAGGGAGCCUCACCGACAGAUUGAAAAACGACGGAGGGACAAAAUGAACAACCUCAUUGACGAGCUUUCCGCCAUGAUUCCUGCGUGUCAGCCCAUGGCAAGAAAACUUGACAAGCUAACUGUUCUUCGGAAAGCUGUACAACACCUGAAAGCCCUCAAAGCUGGGGCGAGCGGUGCCUUUGCCGAUGCCAAGCACAAGCCUUCCAUCCUGCCUCAGGAUGACCUUCGGCACCUUCUGCUCAAGGCAGCAGAUGGCUUCCUGUUAGUCGUAAGGUGCGAUCGGGCGAAGAUCCUGUUCAUCUCAGAGUCUGUCUCCAAGAUUCUUAACUUCAGCAAGUUGGAGCUGACCGGCCAGAGUUUGUUCGAUUUCAUCCACCCCAAAGACAUCCACAAGGUGAAGGAACAGCUCUCGUCCUCAGAGAUGCUCCCCCAGCAGUGCCUCGUCGACGCCUCCACGGGGGUUCAGGUCCAGGCCGAAGCCCCGGCCAGGCCGUCCCACUUGACCACCGGAGCCAGGCGAUCCUUCUUCUGCCGCAUGAAGCACAGUCGGGUCACAAGGAAGCACGAAGGCAAGCACUCGCUGCCCGCCGCUUCAAAGAAGAAAGAGAGCUACAGGUACUGCACCCUCCACUGCACCGGAUACAUGCGGACCUGGCCAAGCGGCCAGCUGGACCCGGAGGGCGACGCCGCCGACAAGGAGACGCCCAGCCUGAACUGCCUGGUGACGGUGUGCCGCCUCCACCCCCACGUCUCCCACCAGCCCCCUAAAGACGUCAACGUCAAAGCCACCGAGUUCGUAACCCGCUGUGCAAUCGACGGCAAGUUCACUUUUGUAGAUCAACAAGCCACGACAGUCAUUGGUUAUUUGCCGCAGGAAGUUCUUGGCACCUCCUGUUACGAGUACUUCCACCAGGACGACCUGCAGCACAUGGCGGGGAAGCACCGGCAAGUUCUUCGAAGCAAAGAGAAGAUUGAGACCCAGUGCUACAAGUUCAAAACAAAACACGGCCCCUAUGUUACACUCCAAAGCCAGUGGUUUAGCUUCACCAAUCCGUGGACCAAAGAAGUCGAGUUCAUCGUCUCUUCGAACAGGGUUAUCUCGGGGCCUGGUCACACAAAAGACGAAAACGAGGCUGGCAGCUCGAAAUCGACUCAGGAAGAAGCACAGCAAAUCCCGGAGAUUCCUGGCCUCUCCACUGGUGUGGGCACCAUGAUCUACGCAGGCAGCAUAGGGACCCAGAUCGCAAACGAACUGAGCGACACAUACAGGGCAAACUCGUCCCCAUCGAGUGGAGCUUCUAGUCCAUUUGGUUCUGUCCAGGAGAAAUGUCCACUCACCAGCAGGAGCACUCCCAGCAGAGAAGAGGAAGCAGGCAGCUCUUCAACCUCCCAGUCCCAGGCUGAUUCCAGUAAGGAAGCUGCUAAAAGCAGUGGAGCUCCUGAGAGUGGAGGUGAGCUGUCCCAGCUGGACCUGGAUGUCUCAGGGCUCAGUAGCUUCAGCAGUGACGAGGCAGCCAUGGCGGUCAUCAUGAGCCUGCUGGAGACCGACGUGAACAUGAGCCAAUCGGGGGACUUUGAGGAUUUACACUGGCCUUUCUAGAGGGAGCGUGGACUCUCAGCACCCCCUCUAAAGUUCUUGUGCCCUUUUUUUUUUUUUUGCCAAAUGCCACAAACCUGUGAACCGUUUAACAAACUGUUAUCUGAAGACUUACCUAUCCUCAACCAAGUAAAGGCGCUGGACUUGUCCUAAAAGUUGCAACAUGUCUUACUUGAGAACAGAAUUUUGUGACUGAUCGUCUUGUUGGUUUCUUGGUUCUUGCUUGAAGCAUGUUGAGGGUAAAGUGCCCCUGGAGCCAGUGGUGAGGCAGAGUCUUCCUCAGCGAGACGUUAGCACCUUAAGGGGGGUCUAGACCAACACAUUCUACAGAAAACUAAAGGAACAAAGUAUUUGCUCCGCUGCCAUCAGUUACCAAGGUGGAAGAAGAAGAACGAGACUCUUGACAAAUUGAGUGCUGCUAUAGAAACUCCUCAAACUUUGAACAGUCGUGUAUCCACUGGUACACGGUGAAAACGGUCAUGUUUUCCAUUACAUGGAUGAUUGUCUUUCUUUUGUUGUUUUUAUUUGAAUUUUUGAAGCCCUAUUUGCAAAAAAACUGUCAAGUAAAAGUGAGAUAAUUCUCUAAAAGGAG